AUGGCGGCGCGGGGAGCGUGGCGGGGGCUGCUCGGCUCCCUCUGGGUCGCCUUGCUCUUCGGGCUUCGCCCCGAGUCCUCGUCUUCGGCCGCCGCCGCCUCUUCAUCAUCAUCUUCCAGGAGCAGCUCGUCGCAGCUCAGCGCUCCGGCCGCAGGACCCACUGUGAGGACUUUUACUCCCUUUUAUUUUGUCACAGAACCAGUGGACACUUUGUCAGUUAGAGCUUCUUCUGUUAUACUGAAUUGUUCAGCUUAUUGUGAAUCGUCUCCAAAAAUUGAAUGGAAAAAGGAUGGGACUUUUUUGAACUUGGCUUCAGAUGACCGGCGCCAGCUGCUACCAGAUGGAUCUUUAUUAAUUAACAGUGUAGUGCAUUCAAAGCACAAUAAGCCUGAUGAAGGGCAUUAUCAGUGUGUUGCAACUGUGGAAAGCCUUGGGACCAUCGUAAGCAGAACAGCUAAGCUCACAAUAGCCGGGCUUCCAAGAUUCAUCACACAGCCAGAGUCAGCAUCGGUCCAUAGAGGGAACAGCAUAGUUCUUAACUGUGAAGUCAAUGCUGAUCUAGCACCCUUUGUAAGAUGGUGGCUAGAUCAUCAGCCACUCUUUCUGGAUGACCGUGUGUUCAAGUUGCCAAGUGGAGCUUUAAUUAUUAGCAAUGCUACAGACGAGGAUGGCGGAACAUAUUGUUGUUCUAUUGAAAUUGGUGGUUCUCCCAAAUACAGUGAUGAAGCAGAGAUCAAAGUACUUCCAGAAUCUGAAACUCCAUCAAGUCUCAUGUUCCUCAAACAGCCUUCCUCACUUAUCAAAGUGACUGGACAGAGUGCAGUUUUGCCAUGUGUUGCUACAGGCAUUCCCAUUCCUGUUAUCAGAUGGACAAGAAAUGAAGAAGAGCUUGUUACAGAAAGCUCUCCAAAGUUUUUACUGCUGGCUGGAGGGACUCUGAAGAUAAAUGAUAUCACAGAAGAUGAUACUGGAACAUAUACCUGCAUUGUAGAUAAUGGAAAUGAAACGAUUGAAGCUCAAGCUGAUCUUACUGUACAGGCUCCUCCUGAGUUUCUGAAGCAACCUUCUAACAUCUAUGCUCAUGAAUCCAUGGAUAUUGUGUUUGAAUGUGAUGUGACUGGGAAGCCAACUCCAACAGUGAAGUGGGUAAAGAAUGGAGAUGUGGUGAUCCCUAGUGACUACUUUAAAAUUGUGAAUGAGCAUAACCUACAGGUUUUGGGUCUGGUGAAAUCAGAUGAAGGAUUUUAUCAGUGCAUUGCAGAAAAUGAUGUGGGAAACAUACAGGCUGCAGCCCAGUUGAUUAUACUUGAUCAUGAUGUUGCCAUCCCAACAUUACCUCCCACUUCACUGACCAGUGCCACUACUGACCAUCUAGCACCAGCUACAGCUGGACCCCUGCCUUCAGCUCCUCGAGACGUUGUGGCUUCCCUUGUCUCCACCCGCUUCAUCAAGUUGACUUGGAGGACCCCUGCAUCGGAUCCACAUGGCGACAAUCUCACCUACUCAGUAUUUUACACUAAGGAAGGUGUGAACAGGGAACGUGUUGAAAAUACAAGUUAUCCAGGAGAAAUGCAAGUGACAAUUCAAAAUCUGAUGCCUGAAACAGUGUACAUUUUUAGAGUGGUAGCUCAUAACAAACGUGGACCUGGGGAGAGCUCAGUGCCACUGAAAGUAGCAACACAACCUGAGGUUCAGCUUCCUGGACCAGCUCCCAAUAUUCGGGCAUAUGCCAAUUCCCCCACAUCAAUCACUGUCAGUUGGUCAACGCCUUUAUCUGGAAAUGGUGAAAUCCAAAACUACAAACUGUAUUAUAUGGAGAAGGGGACAGACAGUGAACAGGAUAUUGAUGUUGCAGGCCUUUCCUAUACAAUCACUGGUCUUAAAAAGUACACGGAAUAUAGUUUCCGGGUUGUGGCCUACAAUAAACAUGGUCCAGGAGUUUCCACACAAGAUGUUGUCAUUCGAACACUAUCAGAUGUUCCCAGUGCUGCACCACAGAAUCUAACUCUAGAAGUGCAAAACUCCAAGAGUAUCAUGAUGCAUUGGCAGCCCCCUCCUGCAGGAACGCACAAUGGGGAAAUUACUGGCUAUAAGAUUCGCUACCGAAAAGUGACUCGCAAAAGUGAUGUCACUGAGAUGAUUGUUGGGGCACAGCUUUCCCAGCUAAUUGAAGGUCUGGAACGGGGUACAGAGUAUAGCUUUCGGGCGGCUGCCUUAACGGUGAAUGGUACGGGGCAAUCUACUGAUUGGAUAUCAGCAGAAACCUUUGAAAGUGACCUUGAUGAAACUCGUGUUCCAGAUGUUCCAAGUUCCCUACAUGUCCGGCCACUUGUAACCAGUAUUGUUGUGAGUUGGACUCCACCUGAAAACCAGAACAUUGUGGUCAGAGGUUAUGCCAUAGGCUACGGUGUAGGCAGUCCCCAUGCACAGACCAUCAAAGUGGAUUAUAAACAACGAUAUUAUACUAUUGAGAAUUUGGAUCCCAGUUCUCAUUAUGUCAUCACUUUGAAAGCUUAUAACAACGUUGGUGAAGGAAUCCCACUCUAUGAGAGUGCAGUAACCAGGGCCUACACAGACACUUCUGAAGUUGAUUUAUUUGUUGUUAAUGCUCCAUACACUCCAGUGCCAGAUCCCUCCCCCAUGAUGCCACCUGUGGGAGUUCAGGCUUCUAUUCUGAGCCAUGACACCAUAAGAAUCACCUGGGCAGACAAUUCUCUGCCGAAAAACCAGAAGGUCUCAGAUGCCCGUUACUACACAGUCCGCUGGAAAACCAACAUUCCUGCCAACACAAAAUACAAGACUGCGAAUACAACCACAUUAAGUUUUUUAGUGACUGGCUUGAAACCAAACACCUUAUAUGAAUUUUCUGUGAUGGUGACUAAAGGCCGAAGAUCAAGUACUUGGAGUAUGACGGCACACGGAACUACAUUUGAACUAGUUCCAACUUCACCCCCAAAAGAUGUGACAGUAGUGAGUAAAGAAGGAAAGCCCCGAACCAUCAUCGUCAAUUGGCAGCCUCCGUCUGAAGCAAAUGGAAAAAUUACAGGGUACAUCAUUUACUACAGCACAGAUGUCAACGCAGAAAUACAUGAUUGGGUUAUUGAACCUGUCGUCGGAAAUAGACUGACGCACCAGAUUCAAGAGUUGACCCUUGACACAGCGUAUUAUUUCAAAAUCCAGGCUCGCAACUCUAAAGGCAUGGGCCCAAUGUCAGAGGCAGUACAGUUCAGAACACCUAAAGCUGAAACUUCAGAUAAAAUGUCUAAUGAUCAAGCAUUGGGUUCUGCAGGAAAAGGAAAUCGUCCACAGGAUGGUGGGACAGACUAUAAAACACCCAUGGGUGGAAGUAACAGCCCUCAUGGAAGUCCUUCUCCUCUUGAGUACAAUAUGCUUCUAGUAAUCAUUGUGUCUGUUGGAGUGAUAACCAUUGUAGUAGUGGUGAUUGUUGCCAUCUUUUGCACUCGGCGCACCACCUCCCAUCAGAAAAAGAAGCGUGCUGCUUGCAAACCUGUGAAUGGGUCUCAUAAAUACAAAGGGAAUUCCAAGGAUGUUAAACCACCUGACCUUUGGAUUCAUCACGAGAGACUGGAACUGAAACCCAUUGAUAAAUCUCCAGAUCCCAAUCCAAUCAUGACAGAUACCCCAAUCCCUCGUAAUUCCCAAGACAUCACACCCGUUGACAACUCCAUGGACAGCAAUAUCCAUCAAAGACGGAACUCAUACAGAGGGCAUGAAUCAGAGGAUAGCAUGUCCACCCUUGCAGGAAGAAGGGGAAUGAGGCCAAAAAUGAUGAUGCCAUUUGAUUCUCAACCUCCUCAGCCUGUGAUUAGUGCUCAUCCCAUCCAUUCCCUUGAUAACCCCCACCAUCAUUUCCACUCCGGCAGCAUCGCUUCUCCAACCUGCAGCUAUCUCCAUCAUCAGGCAAACCCAUGGCCAGUUGGCACCUCCGUGUCCCAUUCAGACAGGGCUAAUUCCACAGAAUCUGUUCGGAAUACACCCAGCACAGAUACCAUGCCUGCUUCCUCUUCUCAGACGUGUUGUGCUGAGCAUCAGGAGCCAGAAAAUGCCACAGGGUCCUACCUGCCCAGUACGCAGGAGGAGGAGGCAGGUCCAAACCUUCCCACUGCCCAUGUCCGUCCCUCUCAUCCUCUGAAGAGCUUUGCUGUGCCAGCAGUCCCACCUGCCGGGACAACGUAUGACCCUGCUCUGCCCAGCACACCUUUAUUAUCCCAGCAAACUGCUGGCCAUCCGGUUCAUUCAGUGAAGACUGCCUCGAUCGGCACUCUAGGCAGAACUCGACCUCCGAUGCCAGUUGUGGUCCCAAGUGCACCUGAUGUCCAGGAAACUACAAGGAUGCUCGAAGACUCCGAAAGUAAUUAUGAACCGGAUGAGCUGACCAAAGAGAUGGCCCACCUGGAAGGACUAAUGAAGGACCUUAAUGCCAUCACAACAGCGUGACCACCUUGUCCAAGAAAAUGACUCCAAACCCUGUUUCGCAGGUCUUGGGACUUAGCCUUGGAGCACAAGAAAAUGUACAGAGACUAGGGGGGACAGCACAAGAGGGACGGGCAGCCAGCUGCAGCAUCAUUGCCAGUGCUGGCUAAUCCAAGUGACUUUUGUAUUCAUUUCCCCGAAAUGAACCUGUUGGAAAAUUGAAUUCCACUUCCUGCCGAGGUGACACAGGAAAGGGAAGCAGGGAGACAUGCGUCAGGCUGAUGAGAUCUAGUAUAUCCAGAUGAAGAAAUGGGACUGAACGUUAAUUUGAGUUGGGUUUUGUCUCAGUGCUGUGACCUUCCCUGCUUUUUCAGUGUUGGACAUUCUCAUUUAUGUACAAUUUUAUUUGUGUGUUUUUAUUUUAUUAUAUCUUUUUUUUAUUAAAAAAUGUAAUCUGAUGAAAAAAGGAAUUUGUGUUGUUUCCCACAGCCUUGACGGACAUUUGAUUGCUUGUUCUGUUGUGUACAGGAAUUCAUUGCCAGUGUGAGUUCAGUUUUUUUUUUUUUUAGUGUGUGUAUAAUUACAUCACUUUCCAGCAGUUAAUCCAUGGUCUUGGGGGAUGCUGCUUUGCUAUUUGUAAGCUUUUUUAUUUUUAUAUUACAAUUAUUAAAAGCCUGACUAGAUUUUUCUCUCGUCACUGUGAGAUUAGCUAUCUAUUUGGAUUAACCUGUAACACAAAAGAAAGUUUUGCCUUUUUAAUGCAUUUUCAGUAUAGGAUGGGAGUAGGAAGUCACAGAGUAGAUAGGAAGUUUCAUUAUUCCUAAGGAACAAUGAAAUGAAUUUUAUCAAUCUGAAUAGCUCCAACUGACCUUCAACAUAUGCCAAAGUAGGCAGAAUAUCAUGUGUGAAUUUAAUAAUCCUUGUUUAGUAACAGGAACACAUCCUCAAUCAAUGUGACAGAAAAAUUACUACCUUGAGACAUUAGCUUUGUCCACGUAAGCACAUGCCAAAAUAGUUGACAUUUCUUGUGUGGACAAAAAAAAUAUUUGAGAAUUAGGCCAGAAUCAUGAAACAGGAGUUUGUGAAAGAAUGUUUUACCCAUCAUCUGCUGGUGUCUGUUUCCUAAUUUGCAAGGGAGUUUCAUUAAGAAAUACCCUUAUAAUAUAGAGUUCUUUAGGAUCAGAUACCAGUUUCUUACCUGCAAAACUUUCUGUUGUUUAAAAUGUUUUAUUUUAAGACCUGUGCUUUCAACAUAGUCUUCUCUUCCAGAUUUUUUAAUGUAUGGAGGCCAGUCAUAAACUAACUGUGAGUCACCUUUCUCUAUAACUGUACACCAUCCCAAAGGUGGUCAGAAACAUUUUGCAAUCAGAAAAAAAUGUCUUUGCAGGUUUGCUUCUAGAAACAAGCAGGAACUACUAACAGGACUCAAGUGCUGUUCUCACAAGAGAAGAGGGUGAAAGAAAGCUUCUCAAGCAAAACUUGAUUUCCUCCCUGCUAUCAGCUUACUGCCUCUCCCACCAUACUCUGUUAGGAAAAAGAAUACAAUGAGAAAGAAUCCGAUUGUUUUGGAAUGUAUACAAACACCUUUAAAGGGUGUUAGGAUGGCAGAGAGACACAUAGAUCUUAUGGAGGCAAAUUUGCUGUCUCAGCAGUGUUGCAGAUCAGGUUCAGUGCUAGCAGUAGGCUCAGAGAUCAAGUUAUCGUAACAGCUCCUGGUCUCUGAUCACCAGCGGACUGUAUAGGUUCUUUAAUAUCUCAUGGAAUCAAGGCUGGAAUUAUAUAUUACUGAACAAUUGUUUUGUCCACGCACAGCUUUUGCUACCCACUCUCUUCCAGCAAAUUCUCGUUUCCCAAGCUAUUUUUUCCUCCAGAAAAUGGUUCCAGAUCUGUGUUUGCUUCUGACCUAAUAGAGGCAGAUGUAUUUGAAAACUUGGAACCAGAUAUGACCAAAAAAAGUUACUGGCAUUUGACUGUAAAGUUUCUGAUGAUGAAACAUUGAAUUAAUCCUGGUGAGCAGCUAUAACAUAUGCACAAAACUUGCUAUGCUGGAUCCAAACAAUAAGCCAUCUAUUUUUAGAUACUGUAUUCAUUUUUACAGUGAUAAAAGUGCCAUGAAAUGUAAAAAUGGUUCACCUAGAUUCAAGCUCAGUGUUCUGUCUUCCAUCAGCAGCCAUCCUGAUGCCUCAGGAACAUUCUUUAGCAUUAGGGUAUAUGUAGAUUCUUUUCCAAUUUCCUUAAUUGUAGCAAAUUCAAUGAAAGCUUAUGUUUGAUUGGAGUUGGGGCAGUCAGUCAGUGAAAAUUCCAAUAUAUGGCCAAACUGGGAAUUCGUUGAGGAAUGAGGGUGAAUCAGACACUGGCCUGGAUCCAGUUCUCUGGGAAAUGUGGGAGUGUUGUGGAUUUGUGUGCUCGUAGAGGACAGUGAAUACCUUCGGCACACCCAACCUCAUCAUAAAUCAGAAACGGCUCCAAAGGAGGCACUGGGGUGUAUCUAAAAGGCCUGCUCUGUGCAUGCAUGCUACAAUGGGCUUCUUUGGAGUUGGGCUCUUAGAUCCAGGGCCUUAAGUUGGGAGGCAAUGGAGCUGACUAUAUAUAUGCCUUGAGCACCAUUUUGUAGAAACACCUACAAAAUGAAAAAAAAUCUGACAGGAAGAGCGUUCUACCUGACUGCUAGUCAUUGUACAAUGUUAUCACAGCAAAGAUCAGGAACUCCUUUCUCUGUGUAGGGUUCUCUUCAAUUCCACUGUAUUCUGUUGGCGCACGAGUCCUACCCCUCAGAUGUAUACAUUUCUCUCUUGUACCUAUACCCAAAGAUAUGCCAUCAUGUGUACUCAGUAUUUUCUACCCCCAGCCCCCACUGGUGGAUUUUUUUAUUUUAUUUUUGUGAAUAUAUUGCUACUUAUGUAGAACACCCUGAAUGUCAAUAUUGCCAUGAACCUGGGAAGGGGGCGGGGGAUAUUUUUAAUAAUAAAACAACUGUUCAAAGUUGGGUUUUUUAAAGGUUAAAUCAAAAAGAAAACAUUUAUUCAAGUCAGUGUACUAUAUGUAUUGCACUUUUACACAUUUUAACACUGUUUUUUACAUAUCUUGUGACUUUAAAGAGCAUUGUGUAUCUUGUAGUGUCAUAGCUAAGCUGCUUUUGUGGCAGUUUCCUCCAUUAUGGAGGACAGGGGAUCUGUAUAUUGUUUUACAGUUCUGAUGUAGGAGAGUUCUGAGGACUGCUGUAAACAUCUAAUUUUCUGUACAUUUUUUUCUGUAGUAUUUGCUGUAUACGCUUAUAAAUUUUUAAUACUGUCA